AUGUGCAACGAUCAGCCUCGCCUACCAUCAAUUGCCUAUGUUUCGCUCGAGGAAUCUCAACGGUAUGCAGAAGCUACAGUGAAGGGAAGCUUUGGCCUUUCGCCUGCGGAGAAGUUCUGGCGGGACCAUCAACCGCAUCUCCAAUCUCGCGAGUACGUCCUGAGGGCCCGUUACAGACCGAACUGGCGUCCAUCAUGGUUAGGCACCAAUCUGGACCCCACGUACUGCGAAGACUCAAUCAUGGUGAGCAAGCACAAUGUGAUUGAUGCCAUUCGUCAACGAGAUGGCCUUCUCGUCGCCAUCAAAGCGACUCGAAACGACACUGAGGAGAUCGCGAUAUCGACUUUUCUAUCAUCUCUGAAGCUCAUGAGUGAUCACAGGAACCAUUGCAUACCUCUGCUCGAGGUUAUGCUAGAUCCACUCGAUCCUGAAAUGUCACUCAUGGUGACGCCAUACAUGCGCCCAUUCAACGAUCCCGAGUUCGGCGCGAGCGGCGAAGUAGUUGACUUUGUGCGGCAGAGCCUGGAGGGCCUGUGGUUCCUCCACGAGCAGCGAGUUGCACAUCGAGAUUGUGCGGCCAUGAACAUCAUGAUGGACGGCCGCCCACUGUACCCCCACGGACAUCACCCGGUCCGGUAUGGUUACUCCCGGGAUGGCGCCAGCGAGCUUGCUCCCCUUGCCCGCAUCGACCACCCAGUACGCUACUACUUCAUCGACUUCGGCCUGUCCACCCAUUUUGCGCCUGGCGUGUCGCCCUCUGUGGUUGGCGCUGCAGGUAGGGACAAGGAGGUGCCCGAGCUCUCGCUCGAUGUUCCCUACGACGCGUUCAAAGUGGACAUAUUCGCAAUGGGCAACCUGUAUGACAAGGAGCUCGUACAGAAGUAUCAGGGGCUGGAGUUCCUCCAGCCGUUGAUCGAUGUGAUGAAGCAGCGAGAUCCGGAGCGACGUCCGUCGGCUGAGCAAGCGUUCCGGUCGUUUGAGGGGAUCAGGUCGACGUUGAGCAAUGCUUCUCUGCGGUGGCGCCUACGCCCCAGAACCGAGUCGAUGUCCGAACGGGUUCUGUAUGAUACUGUUGCUGUUGCACGAGAGGGAGUUCACCAUUUGAAGCGUCUCGUAGUAGCAUAA